GCGGAGAAGGUGGGCAGGCUGCACGCGAAUGUGCUCAAGUUUGGCCGCAGCCGCUUUCCGUAGCUGCGUCUCCAACAUGGCGGCUCCCCAGGAUGUCCACGUCCGGAUCUGUAACCAGGAGAUUGUCAAAUUCGACCUGGAGGUGAAGGCACUUAUCCAGGAUAUUCGAGAUUGUUCUGGACCCUUAAGCGAGCUCACUGAACUGAAUACUAAGGUGAAAGAAAAGUUUCAACAGUUAAGGCACAGGAUACAGGAGCUUGAGCAAUCAGCAAGGGAGCAAGACAAGGAAUCCGACAAGCAGCUUCUACUUCAGGAAGUGGAGAACCACAAAAAGCAGAUGCUCAGCAACCAGACCUCAUGGCGGAAAGCCAACCUUACCUGCAAAAUUGCCAUUGACAACCUGGAGAAAGCAGAACUUCUGCAGAGAGGAGACUCCUUGAGGCAAAGGAAAACUACCAAAGAGAGUUUGGCCCAGACAUCCAGCAACAUCACAGAGAGCCUCAUGGGGAUCAGCAGGAUGAUGUCACAGCAGGUGCAACAGAGCGAAGAGGCUAUGCAGACUCUAGUCAGCUCCUCACGGACUCUCCUGGAUGCAAACGAAGAGUUUAAGUCAAUGUCAGGGACCAUCCAGCUGGGCCGGAAGCUUAUCACAAAAUAUAACCGCCGCGAACUAACGGACAAACUUCUCAUCUUCCUUGCCCUGGCCCUGUUCCUCGCUACGGUCCUCUAUAUUGUGAAAAAGCGCCUCUUUCCAUUUUUGUAAGUGAGAGCUGCCAGCUGGGGCCCUCUGCAUUCCUGCAUCGGGACCGGCAGCUCUCAAGGACUGGCCAGGCUACUAGACUGGGCUUCCCCUCUCCCUCAGGGGCUUAGUGAACCCAGUGGAGGGGAACACAGCAGCCCAGCUUCCUGCAAGAGUCUGCUUGGAAAGGCCGUGUGGAAUAGAGGAAAUGAAACCUUCAGGACAGAGUGGUAGCACUGUGGCUGCCUUACGGAACACUUCAACCCUGGGACCUGAUGCACCUCCUCCCUCCAUGGCCUGAGGCAUAAGUCCUAGAUCUGGUGGGGGGGCGGUGACGACAGCUUGUGGCUGUUCCCUGAAUAAAUCUCACUUAUUAAAUGGAGUGAGAAAUGCU